UUCAAGCAAAGAUUGUUAAAAGAGCAGCGAAAGCAUGCAAACGUAUAGUACGCUUUAUUAUUUCGUGAGUGUUUUUGUAUUUAAUUUUUCUGUUGCUUUUAAUUAACAAAAACUAAACAAAUAUAAACUAGAAAAAAAACACAAAACAUACAAAAGAAAAUGUAUCUACACGAUAUAUAGUGGUAUUCAGCUAAAAUUGCAUAGAGCCGCUAAGAAGAAGAAAAGUGCAUUUUUCAAAAACAAAAGUAAUAUUUUUUUUAUUUAAUAUCGAUUGGAAGAAGGCAAACAAACAAACGACCACGGCAAACAAAAUAGAAAAAGUGAAUUAAAACAAAUGAAAUUGUGUGAUUAGUGAAGUGAAAAAGUAAAGGUUUUAUGAGAAGAAAAAAAAAACUAAAUAUUUUCAAAACCAAUUAAGUGAAAUUUAGCUGGAGGGAGUGUGUCUGUGAAAUCAAGCAGUAUUUCCAAUAAAUAUUAAUUGCAACAAAAAAAGGGGUUAAAUCAGCAAAACGGGCGUGAAUUUUUGUGUUUUAAAUUAAAUUUUUGAAAAUUAUCUGAGUCUCUUAGUUUUUCUAAACAACCUCGACUUUAAAAUGCGCAAUUAAAACGACCUUUAAGAGAAACCUUGUUUUGCAAUAAAAUUGAAAUUGAUAUUAGAACGACAACAACAACAGAAAUGAUAAAAAAUUAAAUAAAAAUGUAAUGAAAUACUUUUGAUAUUUUGAAAAUAAAGUAGAGCCAAAAGAAAAAAUUAAAAACAACAACAAACUGGAAGUUGAUACAUAAAACUUCCAUUGCAGCAACAUUUUGCCGACCAAACGACUGAACAGCAAACAGCAACAAAAACAUAAAACGGCAAAAACAAUAACAACAACAAACCAGUGAAUACAUAUCUCGUAUAUAUAAAGUGAUUACGGUAUUUCAACAAGUAUCUGUCAAAAACAAAAUAUGUAGUGGCAAAAAUACAAAAAAAAAACAAAACAAAUACAAAAACAACAAAAAAAUCAAAACAAAAACAAACAAAAUAACAAUAACAACAAAAAGGCUUAACCCAAAAAAUAACAACAACACAAAAAUCCUCACGGUAUUUGCCACAAAAAUUCAAGUGUUUGUCAAAAGAAAAAAAGAAAGAUACAUUUACAACAAAAAACAACAAACUAAACAGCAGCAGCUGCAACAUAAUUUUUGUAUUUUUCUUAAACAAAUUCAUCAUCGUCAUCACCUUUUAAAAGACGAACCUCUAACUUCAUCGUCCUUGAGUGCGGCACAUAGUUUGCGCGCACACACACGCACAUAUAACUUCAAAUACGUACAUAUAUUUCCCUCUAAACACCGUCAACCGACAUUCAUCAAACUCCUCAACCAAAUCAACUCAUCGUACUUUUACACUCGUCUUCUGCUUAACCUGUUUUACUUCAUAUUUUGUAUCUUUAAUCCACAUCCGUUUAAACAUCCAUCCAUCUAUCGAGCCAUCGGUACAUACAUACAUUGCAUUGCAACCUUUUCUGCAGUUGUUUAUUAUUAUUUUUUCUUGCUGCCUGCCUGCUGCUUGCCUUUGCUGCACAGCAUUGUGUACCCCUUUAUCAUGGCGAAAAUGAAUAAUUUUUCAACAACCACUGAAACGCUGCCCAAGAGUGGCCAUGUUACUGAAGUUUGCAAAGAAUGGCUAGUGAGGGAAGAUGGUGCUUUGGCCUAUAAGUUACAGUCCCAAGAAAUUAAUGAUUUCUAUAAAGGCAAUCGCACUCGUAAUGCGGUAGUACGUGAAGAUUUUCCCACAGCUUUACAAGAGCAAAUCAAAGAAAAAGAAACAGCAGAGAAGCAAGUGGAGCAAUAUAGAAGAAAACUAAGAGAACAGGAAGAGCAUGAUAAAAGAGUGGCCAAAGAAAUAGCUGAUAAGUUAGAGAGAGAUAUACAAGAGCAAAAGCUAAGAGAAUUAAAAGACAGUGAAAAAAUAGCACAACAAAUGCAGGAAAUCUAUGUUAAUCUGCCACCUGUACCACCGCCCUCCGCCAGGGAUAAAUCCAACAAGGUACCACCACCUAGACCAGCCAAAAGUUCUACUCUACAACAACAUCAUCACCAUCAACAGCAACAACCUAUAUCACCCAAUGGUUAUCGUAAUCCUAAUAGUCCACCAUUUCCUAUUGUUUUACAACAACAUCAUUUUUCCAAUAAUGAUGGCUAUGUAGGUUUAGCUUUACAGGCUACCCCAGCUCAACAACGCAACCACCAUCAACAGACGAAUAAUGCUCAACAUCACCAACAACCAAAAUCUCCUACAAAUAAUAGCAAUCAUUUAGUGGUAGGUGGUGGUGAUAAUAAUUUAUCACCAACACAGCUACAACAACACCAUCAUUCAUCAUCCCCAUAUCGACCUGGCUUAUUUGAAUCAUCUUCAUCAGCAUCAAUUGCUUCAUCAUCAUCGACAGGCUCGGCUAGCAGACGCCACAACAAUGUAUUUGAUUCUCAGCUAACCAUGAAUACAAGUUUUAAUUUACCACCCCCUCUAACACCCAAUUCACCACUUACACCUCUCACGCCCAAAACACCAACUCAUGCAUUUAUGCACACACCACCACCAUUGCCACCAAAUCACCCGGCCACUUUAACACCACCCACACCCCAUGCACAGUCAUCCACCACAAGCCACCCAGACAUUGAGGAAAUCAUAGAAUAUUCCGAUGUAGCCGAUAGUAUAAGACGUUAUGAUAUUACCAGAUCCCUAGAUACACCAGAUUCAUUACCACAGCACAUUACAUCAACAUCAUCCUCACCAGCACAUCACCAUCAACAACAGAGUGCUAAAAUCAAUCGUCUUAUGUCGCCAUCUAAUGAAAAUCUUUUAAAAAAUGAUCACAAAUUUCAGAAACUUUCACCGGAGAAGUACGAUGAAAUGGUGGGCAAUAUGAAUGGUUUGUUAAAUGGUGCCGGUGCUGCUGGUGGUAGUAGUGUUGCUGCUGCUUCUGUUGUUGCCAAAGAACGUCAGAUUCAGGAACAUGCUGACGAUAUAGAGUUAUAUGUUGAUCCUUGUGAUUAUGCCAGUUUGAAGGAAAUCGGUUUACCCAUGCAGGAAAUUAAAGAGAUGAGUGCCAAAUUGAAACAGGAACAGAAAGAUGCGUUAUUGGCCCGUCGUUUACAGGAAUUGGAAGUCCAUGAUGGCAUGUCCUUAGAGGAGAGAGAUCGUAUGUUGGCCAUCGAGGCCCAAGAUAAAGAAUUAGCCAAAAUGUUGCAAGAAAGAGAAAAAGCCAAAGCAAAACGUGCCAAAGAGAAGGCACGUCAACGUAAGAAUCAACAGAAGGAGCCACAAACUCUAACAAAUGGUGUACAACCACACAAUGGCCCCCUACAGCCAGUGCCCCAACAAGAUUAUAUGACUUCGUCAUCAACUUCCUCAUCGCGACACAGUCACACUCUGUCCAAUGAUGGUGGCAGUCUACAAUAUCAAAAAGAACCACCACAAGAAGAUCCAUUAGAUUUAGAAGCCUAUUCCAGUCCAAUAGAUGUUCUAAAACAUACACAACGCACACAAAAUGGUUGCCUAACAAAUGGCAGUUUAACACGUGACAUUGCCAGUCAACAGGCACGUCAUGCUAGUCUCAAUCGAGAAGAUGAUAUCUAUACACUGCCAGUGGAUAGUUGCCGUCCAGGACCGAGUACCAGUACUAGACCGGCCUCAAUGAGUGUUGGAGCUGAGACACAAAUACAGACAGGUUAUUCACAAAACUCUAUGACUAGAUCUGAAAACUAUUCCAUACACUCUCAUGACUCUUUGAAUUCACGCCUUAGUUCCGGUUCGAAAACACAAAAUUUUGGUAUAUAUAUCAAAACUCCAGUCCCACUCCACCUUACAUGCCGAUUCAAGGUACAAGGCGAUCAAAUUCUAGCGAAGAUCGUAAAAAGAAAACCAAGGACAAUAAAUGUACUCAUCAAUAAAACUCUACAAGAUAUUUAAACAAACAAAAAAAAAAAAAGAAAACUCUCCAAACAUUUAUACCAUAUUCAAACAUACAA